CCUCUCACUCCACCCCAGCAACGCUUAGUCCAGUGCCUGGCGCAUAGUACGUGCUCAACGAAUAGGAUAGAAAAGGUAUGAAGACCCCCGGAAGUAUCUUGGGCAAGAUGGAACUAAAUGAGAAAUGGAAUACAGGCAGUCCUCGGUAUACCUCCGAAACGAUUUCCUGAAAAUCGUGACUGUUCAUGAUUUAGAAAAAAUGACUUCUCUUUUCUGAAUAAACAAUUGUACAGAAUUUUACGAGAAGAAUGAAAUAAUCCAGAAGGGCUAGACUUUCCAAAUUCAACAACAACAUGCCGGCGAUGUAUAAUUAGAGCUUCUGCCCUCCCUAGGGCAAGGCUGUUAAUUGUCCUGAGUGAGACAGGCCCGUGGAGACUGGCUGAGAAUAGAACAGUCAGAUUUUGAAUCAGAAAGGAGGAGGAAUCUGCAAAAACCCAUCCAGGAACCGUCGGAGUAGCAGAAUUAGGACAGAUUGGAAGGGAGGAAAAUAGGCUGACGGUAACCUGGAUGACUGGUGAGAGAUGAAAGUGAUUUGUAACCGUGCCCAUUUUGCUGAAGACUAGACCUGGAGCUGUGAAUAUUUUAUUCAAAUAGGCUAUCGGGGUAAGGGAAUGACAAACCAGAGCUAGUGAAGAGGUAUGCUUUAGCUCCAGGACAGAUACUUUAGGUUUCCUGAAUUUUGGAAUUCUCCAUCCUUCCCCCUGUAGACUUUAAGCUCGGUGUGGGCAGGGAAUGUGCCUUUCAACUCCAGUAUAGUCUACCGUCCCAAGAGCGCGCUUAGUACAGUGCUUUGCACGCUCUAAGCGCUCCACUAAUUUGAUCGAUGGACUGACCCGUGGAGGGGACUACUUUGUCCGAUGUCAUCGUGGUGUGUGUGAGCAGCGUGUUUCGUUAGUAUGAACCCUGCUAGCGUUUUUGGCCGCAAGAACGGAAUUGCCCAGAGCCCCUCUGUUUCGCCUGCCCUCCGCCGGAAUGCGCUGCCAAUAUACUCGCUAAGUGACCUGGAAUCCGAGAAUGCUCGGUAAUUAUGGUGAUCUUCGUUUCCCGCAGUCGUCGAGAAGCUGGUCCUCCUAGGGAGCCCCUGCGCGAUCCAGGCGAGGAGCGAACGGUGCGGUGGGGGGACAGCCCGACCGAGCUCUGCCCAUGCGAAGAGGAUGCUUUGUUCGCAUGACAUGCGUCGUUUGGAUCUGUAAUGGAAAUGAUGGCCGGCCGCGGCGAGGUCGAUCACCCGGUGAACAUGCUUCCCGUGGACGGGAAGGGCGACGAGUCCCGUCCCGACGCCGCCCCUUCCCUCCCCGUCCCCGAAUGCGCCAUCUGCCUGCAGACGUGCGUUCACCCGGUCAGCCUGCCCUGUAAGCACGUCUUCUGCUACCUGUGCGUGAAGGGCGCCUCGUGGCUGGGCAAGCGGUGCGCGCUGUGUCGCCAGGAGAUCCCGGAGGACUUCCUGGACAGACCCACCCUGCUCUCCCCCGAAGAGCUCAAGGCGGCCGGCCGGGGCAACGGCGAAUACGCCUGGUAUUACGAAGGGAGGAACGGCUGGUGGCAGUACGACGAGCGGACCAGCCGGGAGCUGGAAGACGCCUUCUCCAGGGGGAAGAAGAGCACGGAGAUGUUGAUCGCCGGCUUCCUCUACGUGGCCGACCUGGAGAACAUGAUGCAGUACCGGAGGAACGAACACGGCCGGCGCCGGAAGAUCAAACGGGACGUGGUGGACAUACCGAAGAAAGGGGUGGCCGGGCUUCGGCUGGACUGCGAGCCGAACGGCGUCAGCCCGGCCCGGGAGAGCUCCGCCGACGGAGCGGACGGUACCUCGGCCCGAGGCGGGGCGCCCCCGCCGCCCCCGGCUCCCUCUCCCGCUCCCUCCCGCCCGCCGACGGCCCUCGACGGGCCGCCGCCCGGCCCCGCCGCCCCCUCGCCCGCCGCGGGCGCCGGCCUGGAGGACUCUCUCGCCCACUUGCAGCUCGGCGGGGACGGCCCGGGCGGAAGGGGCCCGCGGGGCGAGGGCGAGGAAGGCCGCGAGGCGCCGCUCCCCGCCGGGCUCCCGCCUCCGGACGCGGCCGCCCGAGACGGCGAGUCGGACGGCGACGACGGGGCGGCCGCCCCGGCGCGGCGCCCCUCCGCCCGGCGGAGACUGGCGAACCCCAGCGGGACCCAGGCGGCCGAACGACCGGCCGCCGGGGGCGGGGGGGGGGGCGCCGGCGGCCGAGCCAGGAGGCCCGACGGACAGUGCACGGUGACCGAAGUGUGAGACGCCUCCGGCCUCGGGCUCGAGGACGCGCUCUCCCCCCUCCCCGCGCCUCCCCCGCCGUGGCUGACGGCAUCGGGAAACCUCCCUCCGCGUCGACGUCACGCUCAUCCCUGGCCGUGUGUCUCGGGGGCGGGAGGGCGGGGGAGGAAGCGGGGAGAGCCGAGUCGGCCCGUAACUAAAUCGUCUAACACGUCUCUGUUGGAGAAUUUAUUUAAGCGUAAGGAACCCGGGUGUCACUAGUCGACAGCUGCUUAGCGAUACCCAGUUUUCUUGAAAAUCUCUCUUCGGUCUGUAGUGCUGGUUUUCGGGUUGGGUUUUUGGUUUUUUUGGGUUUUUUUGAGAUCCUCGAUCGUUUUGGCCGACGUGUAGUCUCUGUGCGUCUCUUUAACCGUCUUCAUUUUCUGACUGUUGCCCUGUCCCGUUUUUCUGCAUGGAUGGACGUACGAAAAGAACAUUAAAAUGGGGAGCAUUUAAGACGUCGGGUAUCGGUACGGGCAGGAUGUCGCGGUUACCGUCGGAGAGUAGUCGUGAGUUUGGAGUCUUGAGAUGUUUCUAAGUAGAUGAACGGCUCGAUUCUGUUUUCGAGUUCCCGAGAUGGAAGUCUGUACAAAAGAAAAGCUUUCCGUAUCUUCCGUUGCAAAAAUCUUGCCUGUAACACUCUUCGUGGCGUUCCCACCGGCUUUGCUGUCUAGUCCCUGGAGUUUGUUUGAGGUUUCUCUUGAUUUGUCUUUUUUUUUGUUUUGUUACAGAAUUUAUAAUUUAAUAAAUACUACAUUUUAUCAAAAAUA